AUGCCCUACUCUCGCGCAAUCUGGCUCGAGCCCAACGGCUCUCUCUCCCUCCGCGAUAUAGCUGAACAUUACGAGCCAUCAGGGGCGCAGACCCUUGUCUCCGUCGAGUAUUCGGCCAUCAAUCCAGCCGACAUCAAACAUUACUACAUCAUAGGGGCGCACUCGAUCGUCGCCGGCUACGAGUGGAUCGGCCCCGUCCUGGCCACGGGACCCAACUCACCAUUCAAGAAAGGAGAGAUGCUGUUCGGCCUGGCACCGCUCGCAGACCGGAAGCCCCUGAGCGCCGGCGCGCACCAGGAUCGAAUGCUCGUGGAGCCGUACAUGACGUUCCGUGUGCCUCCGCCGGCUCUAUCCCAGAGAGGAGAGGAUUGGCAGACGCAGGUCGUCUCUUGGACGGCUGCCGCCCACACCGUCUGCGAUGCGUUCUUCAACUGCAUGGGCUUCGGCUUUUCUCCGCUCGGAGGGCCCAAUGCUGGGAAGGAGAUUGUCUCAGGCGUGGAUCCUCAUGGGAGGGCGAUUCUGAUUUGGGGCGCAUCCUCGACCGUCGGCCUCUGCGCCGUGCAGCUGGCACGUAUCGCCGGCUUCUCGCCCAUCCUGUGCACGGCGUCGCCACACAACCACGAAGCGCUGUUGGGCCUGGGAGCUACCGCGUGCUUCGACCACCGCUCGCCGUCGGUCGUCUCGGACAUCCGGGCUGCGGUCCAGGCGUCCGGCAAGCCGCUUGCCACCAUCUUCGACGCGGUGACCGUAGGGACGGGCAUCUGGGAGCCACCGCGCGCGGCGUCCGACCCGCCUCUCGACCUGGGCAAGAGCAGCCCGGCCAUUGCGAAGCAAUGUCUUACGGAAGGGAUUGCGCCAGAGGAGGUGAGGCUGUCGGCUACCUUGAAGGUCGAGUUCGACGAGGAUUGGAAGUUUUGUAUGGUGAUUCGGAACCAAGAGCCAUCGCCUGAUUUACAGGAUCGCAUAGAUGCUGCUAUCCAGUGGCUCUGGGGCAAUGCUGCGGACGUGAACUUUAGAAUUCCAAAAGUGAAGGCAGUUCAGGGUGGUGAUGAAGGUAUCAAGGCGAUUAAGGACGUGUAUGAUGGAAAAGUUAGCAUGGAGAAGGUCGUUAUCAAGCAUCCCCUAUAA